UGUAAACUGCCAACAAAUCCACCGUUCUGGAUUGUUGAUGUGCUUGAGGCAAAGCAAAAAUUUGCUUCCCCAUAACAUUUGUGUGUUCAGUCCGUUAGUGCAAGCUUUGCGGGUGCGUGACAGUUAUUUGUAAGUCAUCGUCAAAAGGUGAGUCAGCAUCAAGCCAAGGAAAGAUAAGAAAUCAACCGAGACCACCGCCCUGCAUAUCAGUUCAGCAGAAAUAUUAUAAUCUGCAUUGUUCAGAACCGGUGUUGCGUGGAACCCUCUUCCGUUAUGUGGAAAUCUACAGCAGGGCGUGACAUCGAUGCCAACAUUGUUGGCCAGAGUGCUGAGGAUGAUGACUGGGAAACGGAUCCAGAUUUUGUUAACGAUGUCAGCGAACAGGAACAGCGGUGGGGCUCGAAAACAAUCGAAGGUAGUGGCCGGAAUGCUGCGGCAAUCGAUAUGCAACAGUUACGAGAGGAAACGGAGAAGGCCGAUGCUGAUAAGAAGCGUAAAGAUGGCCCGAAAGCGUCGCACGGGUACGGAGGCAAGUUUGGUGUAGAAAAAGAUCGCAUGGACAAAUCUGCCGUUGGACACGAGCACAUUGAAAAGGUGGAGAAGCACGCUUCGCAAAAAGAUUACGCCUCGGGAUUCGGGGGAAAGUUUGGUGUGCAGAAGGAUCGUGUCGAUAAAUCGGCGCACGGUUGGGAUCACGUUGAGAAGGUAGAUAAACACGAAUCGCAGAAGGAUUACAAAACGGGCUUCGGUGGGAAAUUUGGUGUACAGCAAGAUCGUCAGGAUAAAUCCGCCGUCGGCUGGGAUCAUAUGGAAGCGCCACAAAAACACGAAAGUCAGCUAGAUCACAAAGUGGGCUUCGGAGGGAAAUUUGGCGUUCAGACCGAUCGAAAGGACAAGUCGGCCUUUGGCUGGGACCAUGUUGAGAAACCACAAAUGCACGAAAGCCAACUCGAUCAUAAAAUAGGAUUUGGAGGCAAAUUUGGUGUUCAGAAUGAUCGAAUGGAUAAAUCGGCUGUUGGGUUCCAGGAACAAGACAAAAUUGGUACCAACUACACUAAGGUAAAACCUGACAUAGGAUCCGCCAAACCGUCUAAUCUAAGGGCGAAAUUUGAAAACUUUGCUGCAACUGCUGAGGAAGAAGCUCGAAAGCGUGCGGAAGAGCAAAAACGGCUAAGGGAGGAGAAGGAUCGCAAGGAUCGCGAAGAGGCGGCGAAACGAGUGAAUUAUUCCUCUGAAUCAACAGAACCGAAAAAACCUGAACGCAAGGGUCCAAUCAACACCGGAAGAGAAACUGGGGUCAGCAAUGCAAUAAGUAACUUUAACAAACCACAAGAAAUUCCUCCUACGGAUUCAUCAACGAGGAAAGAUCCAAUUACGUUGCCGAAAACCGAAGAACCACGUAAACUGGUUCAACCGGAUGUUAUUCCUACAGCUGUUACUCCAACCGCUGUGACUAAUGUAGAGGAACAAAAAUAUGAACACGAAUCGGAAGUACAAUCCACAAAUGAACCAGCGCCAAUUGCUCGUACGUCAUACAGCUCAGCAACGGCUUCAGAGCCGGUAUCGGAACCAGUAACGAUUGCUAAAGCUACAGUAUAUGAAGAGCCCGCUCAAACUACACAUCAAGCUGCGGUGGAUGUAGAGCCGGAAGAAGUGGAAGAAUUUAUACCUUCUCCCGACAAUCCUGGUAUUCAAGCGAUAGCGUUGUACGAUUAUCAGGCCGCAGCAGAUGAUGAAAUUUCUUUCGAUCCUGAUGAUAAGAUAACACAUAUCGAAAUGAUUGACGAAGGCUGGUGGAGAGGUUGGUGCAACAACAAGUAUGGACUGUUUCCAGCUAACUACGUGCAAUUGUUGCAAUGAACAUAUGAAAAUUAUGUUCUUUGUUCAGCUCAAAAGUGCAAUUUUGCAUGGUUGCAUUCUUAUUUUUGGCAUUUAUGCAUUUCCUUUUAUCUUGACUAACCUUUUUCGUGUAAAGUAGGGAAGUAUGAAUUCCUUAUAAUUUUGAUGGAAAGAUUUUUUUUUCUAUAACAUGGAAUUAUAACUACUGCUAUUACUGGUUUUUGGUAAAAGACAGUUUUUCCGGAUGUGUGGUUUCCUGGAAGCAAGUUUACAUUUUUACUAAUUUGACAAAAUACACUAAAAUAUCCGCACAUGACGAGAAGGCCAAACAUUUUAACGAAACUCUUCAGCAUUUUAUUCAUUAAUUGCAUUAACUGUUCUUGUUAGUCCAAAUCCACCUUGAAUCGACGUAGUCGUGCCCAUAAUAGUUAUUUCAAUAUCGUAGAGAUAGGUCAAUGCUGUUCGUAAGAAAAUCUAAUUAUAAACGAAUAAAUAAAACGAAGAUUAUAUAUGC